GGGCAGAGUGGGCUGAUCUGCUCCGCUGAGGGCGGGCCGUGCCGCGUCGCACCGAGUGCAGCGCUGCGGGGGGCGGCGGCUGUCACUUCCCCUCGCGCUUCCCGCUCAGGUGAGAUGCGCGGUCCCGGCCGCUGUCCCGCGGGGCGGGCGGGGAGAGACGUGCCGCGCUCGGGAGCCGUACGGCUCCUGCGGCGUGCCCGGCGGGUUCGAGGGAGGUCGGGUGGCGGCUGCGCUGCGCUGGAGCCCGGGAACGAGGCGGGAGCCGCCGCGGGGGAAGGAGCGGCUGAGGCGCGUGAGGGGCUGCCCGGCGGCGGGGGGAGCGCCGCGGCCCCAUGCGGAGGCAGGGCCCGGGGGGAGCCGCACCUGCCCGGCCGCGCCGCCGUCCCGCGCCCUUUCCUCGCAGCGCUCCUCCGGCGUGCCGGCGGUCCCGGUGCCGGGCUACUAAAUGCUGCUAGAAGUAUUUGUUGUGUUACUUCACUGGGUGAGCACGCUGUCAGGACUGCGCUGGGGCGUUUCGUGGAGAGCCAUGGUAAAAAAACAUGAAAUAUCUUUAAUGGAAUUCUGAUCCUAACUAAGCAGUUAAAAAUGGAUAUGAAUAUUAUUUUCUCCAGUGAGUCACAUAUGAAGCUUCUAAAGAUCAUCUAACACAGUGAAAUGCUGCUACUGCUUUUGAGAAUGGAUUCCCUGCAAGAAUGACCCCUUCCCCCCCCUCCCAGACAUCCCUAGGGAGUCUAUUUACUUUCUCAUGUAACCAGAUUGCUUUCUCAUAAUAAAGGGAAAGGAAGUGAACACUUUUCUUAUCCUGAUAUGUUUCUGAAACAUUUCCUCUCAAGUAUAAAUAUUUGUUCAUGGGAAAACAUAGUGACAAUGUGAAUAAAAAUAAGCAUAUUAUCAGGAAGCCUAGGAAGCAAUCUCUCCCCCGGUCUCUCAAAAUAAACACAAACCCAGUGCUCUUCCUCAUCUUACCCUCCCACACCCGCUACAUCCACCCCUACAAUUCCAAACUACAAAACAGAACAUUUAAUGAGCCCCUGGAACAUACCUAAGUGUACUGGCCAGUGAGGGUCAUCUGAACAAAGGGUUAAUACUGCCAGGAGGAAUAGGGUUCAGCAUUCAAAACCUGUUAGGAGAGUCACUGAAGGGAAGAGACGUCCUUCUUUACUUUGGAUUUCUGCUUAUCUUAAUGUGCUUUGAAUUGAUCCCUCAGAAUUGGUAAUUUGAUAGCUUUAAUAGUUGCAUUAGUAAUUUGAUGAGCCCCCUCCAGCACACCAUCAAUAACAAACAUUUUGUGAGCAAAAAUAGAAUGAUAGGCAGUGCAGUUCCUGAAAGCUAAUGUAUAAUGUUAUGUGAAUGCAAGUUGUGAUGCUAUUAAUUAUUUAAUACACAGUAAGAGAGAUUUCAGCAUCAUGGAUGUAUGUAUUAGUGCAAAAUGGCACAUUCAGGAAUUACAAUAUUGAUAAUGGGAAUGAGGGUGGAGCAAGUUGCACUUCCCAGUUCUUGAAGAGAACUUAAUCUGCAAGUAUGUACAGAAAUUAGCUUGUAUAUAUGAUAUAUGUGAUUCAGAAAAUGCUACACCUGUGGAAGACACAUAUGUAUAGAGCUAUUUGCUCCUUAAUAUCCCAGUCACAACUUAUUUGGUUGUGGGCUUCUGUGCCACUUGAGGAAUUAGGAGACCACUAGUAGUAAAUUUAGCUCUCUGGUUAAAGAAGCCACUGCUGACCCAGAGAUGACUUUUUCCAGAGUCAGUAAAAUAAAAUGGGUAUGCUUGCAUUACUGCACACAAUAAUGCAGACUUCAGCAAUUUAAUUUAGGUGCCAGUUCAGGUUAAUAAAAACCGUGCUCUGGACUGUGCAAGACCAUCAGAGGCAUAUGUGUGUGUGAAACAGUAACCUCCAGUAGAACUAAAUGUAGAUUAGUUAAUUUUAAAUCCUAAAAUUACUUGAACUAGUUAUUCUCAAGCUAGCAAUUGCUUGUGACUAGAGAAUGUGAACAUGAGGGAACUGCUGCCUGGUUUUGGCUGGUGUGUAGAAGGAAGGGGCAGUGUUGCUGUGUUUGUAGCUUUUAGUCCUGAGAAUUAAAUUUAUUUUCUUCCCAGCAGUGUAUAUCAGACUGUUGAAAUCCUGUACUAUGCACACUUCUGAUUUCUGUGCUCUCAUAACAAAGAAUGACUGAUUCUCAUAGCACCUAUGCAGAACCAGGAAACAAUUGUCUGUUAUUGCUGGAUGGGAAACCAAGAAAGAAAUGCUGCAGUACUGAAAUGCCCAUUAAUCUAGGGCACUUAAACAACAAGGUACCCUGCACAAGAAAUCCAAGUUGUGAUAUACGCAGAUAAUAAACAACGUUGUUACCCCAGAGCAUCCAGUUGCCACCUGUGUCUCCCACUUUCAGAAGCAAGGCCUUUGCACUCUCAAGAUGAGGGUUACCAGCAGUAAAAAGUUUUUGGUAAAUGGACAUUGACAUGGACUACGAAAGACCCAACGUUGAAACUAUCAAGUGUGUGGUGGUUGGAGAUAAUGCAGUGGGGAAGACUCGUCUAAUUUGUGCAAGAGCGUGCAAUACAACCUUGACUCAGUAUCAGCUGUUGGCAACUCAUGUACCAACCGUCUGGGCCAUUGAUCAGUACCGUGUCUGCCAAGAGGUCCUCGAACGCUCACGAGAUGUUGUGGAUGAAGUGAGUGUUUCUCUCAGGCUGUGGGAUACGUUUGGGGACCACCACAAAGACAGGCGCUUUGCUUAUGGAAGGUCUGAUGUAGUUGUUCUCUGCUUUUCAAUUGCUAAUCCUAAUUCCCUGAAUCAUGUGAAAACGAUGUGGUAUCAAGAAAUCAAGCACUUCUGUCCUCGCACACCUGUCAUUCUGGUGGGCUGCCAACUAGAUCUCCGCUAUGCAGAUCUUGAGGCUGUUAACAGAGCCAGACGGCCCUUGGCAAGGCCGAUAAAAAGAGGAGACAUUUUGCCACCUGAAAAAGGCAGAGAGGUUGCCAAGGAGCUUGGGAUACCGUAUUAUGAAACCAGUGUAUUUGACCAAUUUGGAAUUAAAGAUGUGUUUGACAAUGCAAUUAGAGCUGCGCUGAUCUCCAGAAGACAUCUGCAGUUCUGGAAAUCUCAUUUGAAGAAGGUCCAAAAACCUUUGCUUCAGGCUCCAUUCCUACCUCCAAAAGCCCCUCCUCCAGUUAUCAAAAUUCCUGAAUGUCCUGUACCAAGUGUGAACGAAGCUGGCUAUUUACUGGACAGCCCUCUGUGUGCAGAUGUGAUGUUUGUUCUCCAGGAGCAGGACUGCAUCUUUGCUCACAAAAUUUACCUAGCUACCUCCUCUUCGAAGUUUUAUGACCUUUUCUUAAUGGAAUGUGAGGAAAGUUCAGACUUGGGUGAAACACAGUGCAAUAAAGAGAAUACAAGUAAAGAUGUUCUGACAAGUCACCUUGAGACAAAUUAUGACAGUGAUGAGAUAUCCUUGAAAUCUGCUGAUGUUAAAAUUCCUGCAUCAGAAAGUACUGACUCUUUGAACAUGCUCAAACCCGAACCUGCUGAAACAAUUUCAGCAGCAAGAUCUCUGUCAUCCUGGGGGAAGGGGUUUGUUAGCGUGCAUAAGGAAAUGCAAGUGAAUCCUGUCUCAAAUAGGUUGUGUCCUGUAACUGUGGUAAAAAUGGAUUCCUCUGUGCAGGCCGGACCUUUUAAAACUGUUCUGCAGUUUUUAUACACAGGGCAACUGGAUGAAAAUGAAAAAGAUCUCACAAGACUGGCUCAGAUUGCUGAGAUCUUGGAAGUAUUUGAUUUGCGAAUGAUGGUGGAGAAUAUUAUGAAUAAAGAAGCCUUCAUGAAUCAAGAGAUUACUAAAGCAUUUCAUGUCAGGAAAGCUAAUCGGAUAAAAGAGUGCCUUUGCAAAGGGACGUUCUCUGAUGUGACAUUUAAAUUGGAUGAUGGAACCAUAAAUGCCCACAAGCCACUACUGAUCUGUAGCUGUGAAUGGAUGUCUGCAAUGUUUGGAGGAUCAUUUAUUGAAAGCUUGAACAGUGAGGUAGUUCUGCCCAACAUAAACAAGACUUCAAUGCAAGCUGUUUUAGAUUACUUGUACACCAAGCAAUUAUCCUCCACUCAAGAACUGGACAUACUUGAGUUAAUUGCAUUGGCAAAUAGGUUUUGCCUUCCUCACCUGGUUGCUCUGGCAGAGCAGCAUGCAGUACAAGAGCUGACCAAAGCCUCCAUGAGCGGCAUUGCAAUAGAUGGGGAUGUACUCUCCUGUUUAGAAUUGGCUCAGUUUCACAACGCUAACCAGCUGGCAGCUUGGUGUUUGCACUACAUCUGCACCAAUUACAACAGCGUUUGCUCCAAAUUCCGCAAGGAGAUCAAAGCUAAAUCUUCAGAUAAUCAAGAAUAUUUUGAGAGGCAUCGCUGGCCACCUGUGUGGUAUUUAAAAGAAGAAGAUCACUACCAGCGAGUUAAGAAAGAAAGAGAAAAGGAAGAUUUUGCACUGAAUAAACACCAUUCAAGGCGGAAGUGGUGCUUCUGGAAUUCCUCUGCUGUAGUUGCCUGAACAAAACACGUAACUGGAAAUUCAUAGCCAGUGUCAGAAGUUAGUCUUAUUGUUAGAAAUAAGAUGCAGUACGAGUUUUCAGGAAACUUUGUUCCACGUCUGUGCAUUUAUUACUGCUAGGGUCAAAAGCACAAGCCCACUGAAAGUGAGCCUGGAACAGCUCCUCAAAGUCAUAUGUAUAUUUUUGGUUAGUAAGAAGAUAAAUGUCUACCAUUAUUACAUUUCUUUUUAUAUAAAAAUUAUAAUGAUAGAGCAUUAAUGUUUCAAUCUCCAAUUGGGAAAUAUUUUUAUACUGUCUAGUGUAUUUUGUUCAGAUAGAAUUCUGGAUUAUCAUUUUAUUUUACAGACCACAAAACCACGUAGCAGCUUUGUAUUAGAUUUUAACUAUUUUUACUAUGCGAGUACAGUGAAAUAGACAAUCCUCAGUCAUAAGAAGCAGCUUUUAGAGUAUCAUAAAAAGUCACCUUAGGAAAAAAAAAAUAAUCAAGCUGCCUAGUAUAAAUGUUGGUUUUGUUAUUUUUUUAAACUAAGUACCGUGCAUUUGGUAACAUAAUUAGAUGGGUAUUUCUCCUUUCUAAAGUAAAAAGUUAGAAUAAGAUCCAAUAACUGCAAGAUAUGGAGUGCUUGAUCUCUGCUCAGCUGAAUAAUAGGCAAUAUAAUUACCUGUUCAACUGCAGGCAAAUGUAUUUCUAAUAUUUGCCCUAUGAGUGCAAAUAAUUAUGACUAUGUGAGCCAUGUGAAAUCUAGUGAUUCUAAGCAUUCAGAGGUUUUAAGUGUCUAGAUCAAAGAGGAUAUUUCUAAAACCAUUUAGAAGGGCUUAUUAAUUUAUAUCUUUCUAAGUACGGAUCUGAAUACAGAAAGCAGUUAUACUGCUUGCAUUUGAAGUACUGCACGGCAGUUACCUUGUUCGAUGUGAUCUUAACCAUGCAGCCAUUCCUCAUGCCGAAUUCCAUUUUACUUCGGUGCAAGCAAAUGAAAGGGCUGCAAAAACAACUAAGUUAUCUAGUAUUAUAGCCUUUUGUAAGUAAAGAAUGAUCUUCACACACUAUCACUUCAGUUUAAUCCAAAUUGUUUUGUAGCUUUCUCCCAGGUAGAACUCAAAACGUUAGGGCUUUUUUUUUUAAAGUAGGUCAUGUAUUUCCUCUGGAAAUAGAUAUUCUCAGAAAGCUGGGGGCAAAACGGAGGCUAAAAGAAAGGAAUUCCUCAAAAACAUUGUGAGGGGAAAAAAAAAAAGCCUCCAGUGUUUUCAGAUACGCUGUGUGUUUAUGACUUUUUAUCAACCAUUGCUCUAAAGCUGCAAUGUUAUACUAGAUUAUGAAAGAAUGAAGCAUUUUUAAAAGACCAAAAGUAAAAUAUAUAGAUUGUAGAACAUACACGUGCAACCCUGCACAGUGUCUCAGGCGCAAUUCUGUAACUAAGUUAGGUAUUGUAUAUUACGUUUGUUAAUAUUUUUUGUGCUGGCGUCUCAGCAUACCAGUGUGAAAAGCUGCUUAUGUUUUUAUUUUGUGUAUUCGCAGGUAAGGCAGUACAGUCACGCCCCCAUGCUGUAGGUCAGGAAAGGCUUUGGACCGAAAGCCAUACACACCUCUACCUAUUUAGGUUCCAACUGGAAUAAUUCUGGGCAGAUGCUACCGCAGGGUGGUAGAAGCUGCCUAGCAGGGAAAGAGAUGCUGCUCUACAGACUUUUACAAGGCAAGCAAGCGACAGAUUCCUAUCCCUAUAAAAGAUUCAUCACCACACGGUGAUAAAGAAGGGCUAUAAAUGAUAGUUGCAAACACAGUCUCCUUAAUUCUUGGUCAGUGAUGACGGAAAUUGUAGAGAAGAAAGAAUGAGAAAAGAUGUGUCAAGGUAAAGAUGAGAUAAGUAUCUGUUGUCAUAAAACAUUAGCCAUUUUGAAGUACUACUACUAGGUUUUACACAACCAAAGCUACUGUAUGAUUGUAAUCUUGCCAAACUAAUGGAUAUAUAAGUGAACCUGAGGUAUAUGCAAUAAAAUCCAGUUGUGCUAGUUAUCAGCUACUAUAACCAAGUGGCUGGUUCAUUUGGUUAAUGCUGUCUAUGGCCUUUAAUCUUCGUGGUUACUUUGUGUUUUUUAUUUUGCAAAAAAGUCAAUAAAACUGUUUAGUUACAAA